CCACUGGGGCGUGGAGGGAGUAGAUAUUCUGGGAGAUCAUUACCAGUGCCUUGGAUUGGUAUUCUUCCAGUGUCUUCGUAUGUCACUAAAAUCUCCUAAGACGUCCACGGUAGCUGUUUCAGAAGAUUAAGGUGCAAGGAGCGCGGGCGAUUAUUUAUUUUUUUCUCUUAGGUUUUGUGGCGGCAAUGAGCAAUGAGAGAUUUGGCACUGGGGCUCUUGUAUGCAGUAGAUCCAGUUUCUUCCUCAGCUCCCUGCACCCAAGGCUAAGGGACUGAAGUGUUUGAAGGGCGCAAAGGCCUGCCACGGGUGCUUCGUCCGCAUUUCUGUUGUCCUAACAGUGCACGUAAGAGGAUUGUACGCUGGCGUCUGAAGGCCAGAAAGCCAGGUGGAUGAGUAUUUUUAUGAAGCACAUGGUUGUAGAGAUGGGCCAGGACCAAACAAAGCAGCAGAUUGAGAAAGGUCUGAGGCUUUACCAGUCCAAUGAGACGGAGAAAGCGCUACAUGUGUGGAUGAAGGUGCUGGAGAAGACUACAGAUCCUGGGGGGAAGUUCAGGGCUCUGGGUUGCCUGAUUACAGCCCACUCAGAGAUGGGCAAAUACAGAGAGAUGCUAAAGUACGCCCUUGCUCAGAUUGACACGGCGCGGGAGAUGGAGGACCCAGACUACCUAACAGAAGGCUACCUAAACCUAGCCCGCAGCAACGAGAAACUCUGUGACUUCCAGAAGACCAUUUCGUACUGCAAGACCUGCUUGAACAUGCAGGGCACCACUGUAAGCCUGCAGCUCAAUGGGCAGGUGUGUCUGAGCAUGGGCAACGCGUUCCUGGGUCUCAGCAUCUUCCAGAAAGCCCUGGAGAGCUACGAAAAGGCCUUGCGCUACGCGCACAACAAUGAUGACAAGAUGCUGGAGUGCAGGGUGUGCUGCAGCUUGGGGAACUUCUACAUCCAGCUAAAGGACUACGAGAAGGCUCUGUUCUUUCCAUGCAAAGCUGCCGAGCUUGUGAAUGACUAUGGGAAGGGGUGGAGCCUGAAGUACCGUGCCAUGAGUCAGUACCACAUGUCAGUAGCCUACAGGAAGCUGGAGCGCCUGCCAGAUGCCAUGGAAUGCUGCGAGGAGUCAAUGAAAAUCGCUCUGCAGCAUGGCGAUCGACCUCUGCAAGCCUUGUGUCUCCUGAACUUUGCCGAUAUUCAUCGCUGCCGAAAAGAUGUUGAUAAAGCAUUCCCUCGCUACGAGUCUUCUAUGUGUAUAAUGACAGAGAUUGGCAAUCGCCUGGGUCAAGCAUCCAUCUACUUAGGGGUGGGAAAGUGUUGGCUGCUGCAAAAAGAUGAUGACAAGGCGCUAGACUCUUUUCAGCGAGCGUACGAGCUGGCAGAGGCAGUCGGAUACAAGCUCUGCUCACUGAAGGUGCACUGGCUGACGGAGGGCAUCUACCGCAGCAAGGAGCAACAAGAGGAGCUGAGGGAGCAGGUGGUGAAGUUCCUACAGUGUGUGGAGGAGCUGGAGCUCUACUGCGGCAUGUGUGGCGAGUCCAUCGGCGAGAAGAACCAGCAGCUGCAGGCUCUGCCCUGCUCCCACAUUUUUCACCUAAAGUGCCUGCAAACAAAUGGGACACAGGGCUGUCCAAAGUGUCGCCGUUCUUCCAUAAAGCCAGGUUUUGUAUGAUACUCUGUAGUUAAAAGGUUCUGCCUUGGACUAAAUUAUCUGUCAAAAUGGCUCCUCUCGAGACAGACUGAGCGUUUCUCUACCAGAAGACACAGAAACAGAACAAAGGGUGAGUGUCCAGUUCCACCCUGUUUAUAUCAUCUGAAAUUAAUGAAUGAUACCAAGACAGAACAUUUCAUCUCGCAAAGAGAAAACACAAUAAUGGAGAGCUUUGGCAGUCAGAACCAAGCGUUAAUCAUUGUGCUGUGUUAUGAGACUUGCAACAACAUGCACAUAAUGUAUACAUAGAAUGAUGGGAUGGCCUGAAGCUGUGGCUUACACACCAAGCACUCAGAAGACAGGUGGGAAGUGGGUGACGUGUCAAAGGGAUGGUCACUACACACCUUCUCUUGGAACCUUGGUGAAUACCAAUGUGCCAGCAUGUUUUCAUGGAUGAUGAUUUGAGUAGAACUAGGAUUUGUGGGGCAGUCCAUCAUUUGGUACCUGUAAAUUCAAUACAACAAGUAAUGAAUUAUGCAAACUGUAAAAAUGCAAAGACAUUUUCAUUUGUUGUAUCUUUAUCAACAAUAUCAGUAACAAGCUAGACAUUCAUUGUUUUUGGUUAAAUUAAUGCUAAAAGUAGAUAUCUUUAUAUAUUUACUUUCUCAGAAUUUUAAUUUGUUAACUAUCAAGCUCUGUUGGCUAGCCAAAGAUAUGUUAUAAUGGUCUACUUAUUUGACCAAGUAGCUAUGCAACUACUGUCAGAUCUCAAAUGAUUUAAUCUGAUUUGAGGUCUUUCUGACAACAAAUAAUUCAUACAGCUCUGAUGUUUAGCCACCUAUAAGCACUGAAAUGUUGGAAAUUUCAGGAAUGCUUUAAUCUUUUUAUUUUAAGUGACAAAUGUUAUUUCCCCAUUUAUUUCUUAAUAUGUGCAGAUUUUUUAAAAUUGAAAAUGACACAUUACCGUGAUCACAAAUGAUUAGUUUGAAUAUUUUCUCAAAUUAUCAAAUGGUUUAUUUCAGUAUAACAUUUGAGAACAAUUCCUUUCAAGCCUCUAAAAGUACCUUUGUGUACUAAUGAUCUCAAUGAGUUGUACUACCUGCCUGUUGCUGUAGUUCUUUAUCCAAGCCUAGUGUUUUUCCCUUCACCUUUUUGUAUUUUCCCUACUCUAACAUACCUAAUUAGCUCACCUGGCAGUUAGAACUCCUCAUGGUCUCAGUCUGAUGCCUGAGCUGGGUUUGGAGCCAUCGGUUCUAGGUCUGAGACCCACUGGUUAAAUACAGGUUUGCUUUUGACCCAACUCUGCUCAUUAUUCACACUAAAAAAAAAAAGACUUAGCAAAUACUGCAUGUACAAUUCAAUACACCUUAAUAAAUUGAAAGCCUACUACAUAAUAUUUAAACUUUUAAAUAUGUUUUCUACAUCUUAAACAAUGAGCUUGAAUUUUCUUUUAUCACAUCUAUCACAUAUUUUUCUGAGCAAGUAAACACUUAAUAUGGAGUAAUGUUAAUAUGAAUAGAAUUAAUUCAUAUCUGUGACGGGGGCGGCACAGAGGGAGCAAGAGCCGAAGUUGCCAGAAAGUGCUCUUUAUUCUCCAUGGGAAAGGCCCAAAUGUCUGGCAACAAAAUUGAAAAACAAAAAUACAAAUGCUUGGCUUGGCGUGGCAACUCCUCACACGGUAGUCCGUUAAUGCGCAGCGUCCUCCCUACCGACCUGCGGGUUGAAAUAGGUGAUGGGAGAGACAAAGAACAGGUGCACCGGGUUGGUAGGCAGGUGAUUGGGAACGAGGUAGGUGUUUACCGUGGAUCUCACAGCGAGUGGGCGUGGUUCCCCUGCGGAGAGGCUGACCCCCCGUGACAAUAUCUUAGUGGGAGCAAACUGAGAUAAUGCUGCUCUUCUAUUUUUGCCUCUUUUCUUACUUAAUUAUUUUUAACAUAUAUGUUUAAUAAUUAUACCUUUUGUUUUGAAAAUAAAUACAUCUGUCCAGUUUUACUAACAAAUUGCUGUUGUCCAAUUUAGCAUUCACCCAUUCUGGCAACUCGCAGACCAUAUCUACCUCUUUACAUUUGAUCUUUACAAUAUAAAUAUGUUUGUGCUUUAGAAUCAGGUUAAAUCUCUGCUUAUGUGCCUAGACAUACAACAGAUGUUUGAGAAUGCUUAACAUACCCUGUGGACUGUGGACUUUUAUAGUGGAAAUGCAAUUAAAAAAAAACUUUGCUACACUUUA